CCUAAGGACAAGCCUGGCCAGAGAGCGAAACAAAUAUCCAGGUUUAACGGAGUAUUCUCGAGCCGUUAACCCGGGACACUCAACUCAGAAUCCGGUUACAUGCCCUAUGGCAACGCAGUCGCAGCGGUCGGAACACAUCCGUUUGAGGUCUUGGUGCGUAAAAUAUUGAUUGAAAAGCCCGCCGCUAAAAGCCCGCCUCCCCUUUCUCACACGACCUGGUUCUCCUAUCUCUCUCUCUCUCUUAAACUACUUCACCACUCUCUCUCUCUACUUCACGGCCGUCACGUUGCGAAUUGAAGCGAAGCUACAUUCUAUUUGGUGUCGUGGAGAGGAAGAGAGAAGGGGUGUGUAGUUAUACUAUUAGUAAUGCAAUGAAGAAUUUGAACGGCUCAAGUCAAGUCAACUUGAAUGGGACUUAUAAGGAAUUGAGACAUUUAUGUGGUCUAUGCAUAAGAACCUUGCUUGGAACUGCAUAUUUAUAUCAUGUAAUCAUAACAUUCCUUGAAAUAGGCCUCCUAGACCAGCACGCCCAGUACUAGCAUCUGCGUUUUUCUUUUCUUUUACUUUCUUUCUGUUUUUGAUUUUUGAUUUUAUUUUUUAAAUUUCCUAGGGAGGGCUACAAUCGUCUGGAUAAACUAAAAGUACUGUAAAGUGAAUUUUGGGACUUAGUAGAGCCUUUAAUUAACAUGUUUUGGGGAACCUAAAGAGUUGAGGAAAAACGAGAUGUUGUUACGUUGUGCAAAUUCCCUUUGGCAUUUAGACUCUUUGAGAAAAUUCUCAAAAUCAACAUGGCUUCUCCAAUCCCAUUCUUUCUCAGAUGCUCCUUUCGCAAAGUCAAAGCUUGCUCCUCUACAGGAGCGAAAAAUGGUGGACCGGUUUAGGCUAUGGGCUAAAGGAGGUGAUGGCGGCAAUGGUUGUACCAGCUUUCGCCGUAGCCGACAUGAACGCCGUGGUAAACCUGAUGGUGGGAAAGGUGGAAGAGGGGGUGAUGUGAUACUAGAAUGUUCACCUGCAUUGUGGGACCUUAGCAGUCUGCAACAUCACAUUAAUGCAAAGAGGGGGGGACAUGGAACUUCAAAAAAUAAAAUAGGAAGCCGAGGGGAGGACAAGGUUGUCCAAGUUCCUGUUGGCACUGUAAUUCAUCUUGUAGGGGGUGAAACUCCAUCCUUGGCUGAAAAGAGUUCCUCCAAAGCUUUAGAUCCUUGGGAAAUUCCAGGUACACUUGAGGUCGAUCCAUCUGAAUCCACUCAGCAAUCUACUUCCACUAACACAAUUGGGGCAGAGGUAGUAGAAACCAUGGAUUUCAUUGAUGGUUCAUCUUUUUGUACUGGGAAAACUGUGAUGCAAUCAAGUAGUGUGAAACAAGCCACUCAAGCUUCAUUGAUUAAAUCUCUGCCUCGUUCUUCUCCUUCUUGUAAGAAGUACAGAGCUCGAACAGAAGGCUUAAACUCGUGGAAGGAAGAAGAACAAGGUGUGGUUGAGUGGAAAUGCCUUGAGGCUGAUGGUGAUAUGUCCGAAGCAGAGUGCGAAGAAGAACUGGAGGAAGAUGAACAUAUCCAAUACAAUAUUGCAGAAUUAACAGAACCAGGUCAACGGGUAGUUGUUGCCUGUGGAGGGGAGGGUGGCUUAGGUAAUGUGUCCACUCCAAAAGGUCCUAAAAACUAUAAUCUUAUGAAGCAUGGGGUCCAAAGGGAUGAUGAGUUCGAUGUUGAAGAAUCUGAAUCACUUUGCAUUGGUUCACCAGGUUCUGAGGUUGUUCUCGUGUUAGAACUAAAGAGCAUUGCCGAUGUGGGCCUUGUAGGGAUGCCAAAUGCGGGUAAAAGUACACUUCUAGGUGCUAUAUCAAGGGCUAAGCCUACAGUAGGGCAUUAUGCCUUUACAACUUUAAGGCCAAAUUUGGGGAACUUAAAUUAUGACGACUUCUCAUUCACGGUGGCCGACAUUCCAGGACUGAUAAGGGGUGCUCAUGAAAAUCGUGGACUUGGGCAUGCUUUUUUGCGUCACAUAGAGCGCACAAAGGUUCUUGCGUAUGUGUUGGAUUUGGCUGCUGCAUUAGAUGGUGGAAAAGGAAUCCCACCAUGGGAACAGCUGAAAGAUUUAAUUUUGGAGCUUGAGUUUUAUCGAGAGGGUUUAUCAGAUCGACCAUGCAUGGUAGUGGCAAACAAAAUUGAUGAGGCGGGGGCUGAAGAAGUGUAUGAAGAAUUAAAAAGAAGGUUGUCUGGUGGUGUUCCUAUUUUUCCAGUUUGUGCAGUUCUGGAGGAAGGAAUAGAAGAGGUAAAAGAUGGUCUUAGGAUGCUUUUUAGUGGUAAUGAACCUUAUAGACUGAGAUUAGAUGAUAUUAGAGUUGACUAGGUUGUUAUUGAUACUGGUUUUAUAUUACUGAAGGAUAAUACUCCAAACAUUAGUAUUUUUGCAACCAACAUGAUUUGUGGAUCAACAUCAGAGCUUAGAUGUGAUGAGUUAUGUGAAAGAUGAUAAAUUAGAACUUUAUUGUGGUGGAUUUCUUCUUUACAUGACCGACCACUGAAAAUUUGUUAUUUCUGUAAAACUACUUCAAAAGUUUUCCAUUUGGUUUUA